AUUUAAUUAAUGAAAAGAAUCCUAAUUUGCUUGCUUUUCAUAUCUUUAAUAUCUUGCAGGGCAGUCAAUUAUCAUGAAGAAGAUAAAAAACAAGUUCCUGAUGCAACUAAAAAAGAUGAUACUAAAACAGAAUAACCUAAGAAAGAGGAACCUAAGUAGGCUGAACCUAAAAAAGAUGAUGCUAAAAAAGAAGAACCUAAGAAAGAGGAGCCGAAGAAAGAUGAUGCUAAGAAAGAAGAGCCAAAGAAAGAGGAGCCAAAAAAAGAGGAGCCAAAGAAAGAUGAUGCCAAAAAGGAAGAGCCAAAGAAAGAUGAGAAAAAAGAUGAUACCAAAAAGGAAGAGCCAAAGAAAGAAGAGCCUAAGAAAGAGGAGCCAAAGAAAGAUGAUGCCAAAAAGGAGGAUGCUAAGAAAGAAGAAAAGAAAGACGAUGCCAAAAAAGAGGAUGUUAAGAAGGAUGAAAAAAAAGAUGAAAAGAAAGAAGAGAAAAAAGAUGAAAAGAAAGAUGAAAAGAAAGAUGAGAAGAAAGAUGAGAAGAAAGAUGAUAAGAAAGAUGAUAAGAAAGAAAAGAAAGAUGAUAAAAAAGAUGAUAAGAAAGAAAAGAAGGAUGAUAAGAAAGAUGAGAAGAAAGAAAAGAAGGAUGAUAAGAAAGAUAAAAAAGACGAAAAGAAGGAUGAUAAGAAAGACAAAAAGGAAGACAAGAAAGAUAAGAAGGAAGAUAAGAAAGAUAAGAAGGAAGAUAAGAAAGAUAAAAAGGAAGAUAAGAAAGAUAAGAAGGAAGAUAAGAAAGAUAAAAAGGAAGAUAAGAAAGAUAAGAA